GAGAAAGGCAACGUCCGGCUGUGGAGGUUCCUUCUCUUUCCUCGAUUUCAAAGGCACAGGCCGAGCUGGAACUGGAAUGCAUAAAAUGAAGUUGAACCCAGUUCAAAUCUAGUACAAAGACGAUUUUUUUUUUCUCUGUGAAAUUGCUCAGUAGAUGUAUUCUCUGUAAUUUUGUAAUCUCUCGUUUGAUUGUUUGCGACCUGCCAUUUUCUUCGUUAUUUCGAUUGCUUUUUCUUGCUGCUAUUCAUGUCUGCCCAAGCGCAAAGUUGUUUAAUCCUCGGUGAUGGUAUACAUUAUGCGACACCAAUUAUAUCCUCGACGAGGACAAGCGAAGUAGAGGUGAUGCGAGGUAUACUGCAAAUGAUGCAAGGCCUGUCCAGUUCCCUCUUUUUCUGGGACCAAAUUAAGCAGUGUUUUCGUGUUGCCAGAAGUGGGAUAUAUGUGACUCACCUUUCCUUUUCAAGCCUUCAGAACCUUCUCAAUCAUUUCCUGUAUUCUGCUACUUGUUUACAACUUGUUCAACUUAAUGUCAAUAAAUUGGAAUCGGAGACCCACAUGCCUACAUUGAGAGCUUUUGCAUCUGCUGUUACUCAGUGGCUUAAGAGGUUGAGAGAUAUUGCUUUAAAGGAAGAAAUUAAGAUUUGCAACUCCGACAUUGGAGUCACUCCCACCCUUUUGGGAUUGUCAAGUUCCUUAUCCAGUCUUUGCUCAGGUGCUGAAUGUUUAUUGCAAAUAGUGCAUGGAGCUAUUCCGCAAGCGUACUUUCAGCCAAAUACAUAUAUUCCAGCAUCUGAAAUGGCUGUUCAUAUUCUAGACUACCUCUAUAAGAAAUUGGAUGAAGUGUGUCUUGUGCAAGGUGGUGAGGAGGAAGCUUAUCUUAUGGUGCUUCAUAUUCUUGUUGGAAGUUUAUUACCAUAUAUUGAGGGACUUGAUUCAUGGCUUUUCAAAGGAUCACUUGAUGAUCCUUUUGAGGAGAUGUUCUUUUAUGAUAAUAGAGGAAUCUCAGUUGAUGAGUCUGAGUUCUGGGAGAAAAGCUAUCAUUUUAGACAAGUACAAAGUCAGAAGUUUGAUGUUGUGAACUCCUUACUAAAUAACAAAAAGGAAAUAGGUGAAAAAGAUUCUGUUUCAUUGUCUAUGUCUGUGAAGGGCAAGGAGCAGAACAAUAAGGAACUUCAAGUAUGUCCUUUGUUUAUUAAGAACAUCGCAAAAUCCAUUGUCUCUGCUGGAAAAUCAUUGCAGCUUAUCCGCCAUGUUCCUAUGUCUUACACUGUGGUAUCUGGCAAAAGUGUUGACAAUGAGAUUGAUGGCUUUGGAGGAUCUGUGGAUGAUAAAGAUCCACAUAUUCGGCAAGAGAGCAUAGCAGGGUUAGCCCUGCCUGAGAUUUUCAGUAUUUCAGUAGCAGGCCUCAUAGGCCAUGGUGAUCACAUCUCAAGAUACCUUUUACAAGAUGAUACAUGCAAAUCUGAGAUUGUCCAUUCUCUGCUUUCUGAGACGGUCAGGGAAAUGGUUAGAAAUGGGAAUUGGGAAAGGUGGCUAACUUUUAAAUGCUCAAAGAAUAUCUGUCGCGAGGUCUUGGCCAAGACAGUAUCACAUGAAAAAGUGCUUAAUGUGGAAUCUACAAAUAAGGAUGAGAUUGGGAUUUCUGAUGUGGAAGAAGAGUGUAUGACUGCAGGUGUGGUGGAUGAGUUGCCCCUCCAAAGUUCAUAUUGUCCAGAAAAUCCAGUUAUCACUGUGUGUAAAAAUUUACCUGAUGAGCAUAAAGAUUUCUGGAAAAUGUUGAACUUACCCAAAAAUUUUCAUCUACCCCCGUUAAAUGAUGAGGUCUUAUGGGAGUCUGUAUUUGGUUGUGAGAAUGGGCUGCUUUCUGCAGUUAAUGGAACUAAUUAUGCUUUUGGUUUCCAGUUUGGUAAAUCUGAAUAUGUUCGUUCACAAGAGGACAUAAAGCUGCUAAAACUCUUGUUUCCUUUUCCCACCCUUCUUCCUUCUUCCCAGGAUGAUAUCUGUAUGUCAGAGCUCUUGCCUUUCCAGAAGAAUAGCACCCUUGCAUCAAGAGUGCUCAGCUGGAUUCAAAGCAUUGAACCUAGAAUAAUGCCACUUCCACUGGUUAUUAUCCAAGAAUGCCUAACUGUCUACAUUAAGAAGCAGGUGGAUUAUAUUGGCCACCUUAUAUUGUCAAAGUUGAUGAAGGAUUGGAGAUUAAUGGAUGAGCUUGGUGUUUUACGUGCCAUAUACUUGUUAGGUUCAGGUGAUAUACUGCAGCACUUUUUGACUGUGAUUUUUGGUAAGCUCGACAGAGGGGAAACGUGGGAUGAUGACUUUGAGUUAAACUUAAUACUACAGGAAUCCAUCAGGAAUUCUGCUGAUAGCAUGCUACUAAGUGCUCCAGAAUCAUUGUUUGUGUCCAUCACGAAGAAUCAUGGUUUUGACAGUGAUGAGCUACCUAUUACACCAACUCUUGCCUCAACAACUCAUAAGAGUCGUUCACACAGCUUUGGAUUAGAUGGUCUUGACUCUCUGAAAUUCACGUACAAGGUCCCCUGGCCACUUGAACUUAUUGCUAAUGCAGAAGCCAUUAACAAGUAUAACCAGGUGAUGAGGUUUUUGUUGAAGGUCAAGCGCGCCAAAUAUGCACUUGACAAAGUUCGGAGGUGGAUGUGGAAGGGCAGAGGUGCGGUGACAAACAGCCGCAAGCAUCACUGGUUAGUGGAGCAGAAACUCCUCCAUUUUGUCGAUGCCUUCCACCAGUAUGUAAUGGAUAGGGUAUAUCACAGUGCAUGGCAUGAACUUUGUGAAGGUAUGGCAACAGCUGGAUCUCUGGAUGAAGUCAUUGAAGUACAUGAGGCCUACUUAUUAUCAAUUCAGCGGCAAUGCUUUGUGGUUCCAGAUAAGCUGUGGGCCUUGAUUGCAAGUCGAAUCAACAUCAUCCUUGGAUUAGCUUUGGACUUCUACUCCAUACAACAGACAUUAAGUAGCGGUGGUGCAACUUCUGCAAUGAAGGCCAGGUGUGAAAUGGAAGUGGAUAGAAUCGAGAAACGCUUCGAUGAUUGCAUUGGUUUUCUACUCAGAAUCUUGUCUUUCAAACUCAAUGUGGGGCAAUUCCCUCAUUUGGCUGAUCUUGUGACUAGAAUUAAUUACAACUAUUUCUACAUGUCUGAUAAUGGAAGCUUAAUGACUGCCACUGGCUCUGAAACUGUUAGUUCAAGAUUGGGGAAAGUCUUUGGAGCUAGAAUGGACUAAUAAAAAUUAAUUCAGGAUAGUUUAUGAUGGCAUGUCUCUGAAAAUGGGAUACGAGGAUAUGUUUUACUGAAGUAAAAUUUGCAGCCAUCUGGAAGCAAAUUCUUUGGAUCUGUUCCUUUUCAUAACAGUGCUGCAUAAAAUAGUCAGCGUGUAGAAUUUGCAAAUUUUCUAGGUCAACGGGAAGAAGGGAAAAGCCAACACAUGAGCUAUAUUUAUUUCCUAGAAUGUGCAAGUUGCUUAAUUGCUGCAGAUUCCUUAACAUCAAACGCAUUUGAGCUUUACUGAGAUUCAGAAGAUAACUUGAUUGGUUGAUGAAGAUGGAGGAGUUGGAUUUUUAUUCUAGAGUCUUGCUUUAUAUGUAUAAUUUCCCUUUUUUUUUACCUCCUAUGUUUUAUAGAUAUAUAUGUAAACUUCUGCUUGUUGAUUAAUUUUAAACAUAAAGCUGUAAGGCUGCUGUUCCAGUUGUCCAAGUUUGUUUUUCAUGCUCUUGGCUUUGUAAUGUGAUUAGCCUCCUGUUUGUUUUUCUA